AUAUAAUCCUGAAGAAGAAAAAGAAGAAGAAAAAGUUGAAGAUGUGCUUGGUGUUCGUGUGUGAUGAAGAUGAGCAGGUGGUAGCGAGGCAGCCGGCACCAGGAGCUUGUCCCUACUGCGGAGGGCUGGUGCAAGCCAUGGAUGUGGAAAGCCAGUGGAGGUUCUGCUUUUUGCCUUUAUAUUUUAAGACCAAGAGGAGGUAUUACUGCACCUUUUGUGCAAGGCGAUUGGUCGUUCAAUAGAUCUUUUUUUAGUUUUUCUUGUUAUCAUCCCCAGUUAUCUUUACCUUUCUCUUUCCAUCUUCAUAUGUAUAUGUAUAUAUUAAAAUUUUAAGGACAG